AUGCAGGUGGAUCGACGCGGAUCUGCAGGAGCAGGCUCGGGCUCGGAGGAGGAGGAGGAGGAGACGCGAAUGAUGGACGGAGUAGAGUUGGAUCAGUUGCAGAAUGGUGAGUGUGCGCUGCCUGGAGUGGGGCGCUGGCGUGCUGAGCUGCCACAUUGAGCCCUCAAAAAGAGCGGCAAGGGGCUGUUGGGGCACUGUGAAGGGCUCAGGCGGAGAGGCGAGGCUUGGAUGUAGGGUCAUGUUUAGGGAGAAGGAGAGGCAAAGAUGAACGUCGAUCUCGGCGUACUUGCCCAAAGAGAGAGGAGGUGCAAGAAUACGCAGACUCCUGGUACUGCUAUACUCAGCCUUCGAUCGAUAAGCCGAAGCUGUCUCGUCCUGAACAGCCUUGAGUGGACAGGAUGAUCUCCUCGGCAAUGCCGAUGCACGGCAAGGUGGAUGUAUGCGCCUGUUCUGGUGCCGAUACCCCUCCUUCGCCCUUGCUCGACUUCUCUCUAUGCCUCUUGUCCCGCUCUAACAUCUCGAUUCAGCUGCUCACUCUUCGCUCUGCUCUCCUCUCAGUGAAUGCGCAAGCCUCAACCUCGGCACACGUGUCCAUAGCCGACGCCACGCUCACUCGAGCCCUGGACGAGCGCCUACAAUCUCACUCGCUCGUCGUGCCGACCGACGACCUGCGCGUUCAACAGCGUCUUCGAGAGCUGAAGGAGCCCAUCUGGACAUUUGGAGAGCGCAAGGAUGAUAGGCGCGUCAGGCUGAGGGAAUGCCUUUUGAGGGAAAAGAUUAGGAGAAAAGAGGCGGGAGAGGAGGAACAGGAGGAGGAGGUAAGGAGCGAGAGCGAGAGCGAGGAUGAGGUGAGUCGAGCGCUACGACGUUGUGCUCUGCGAGGAGGGUAGAGAUGUUGCAAAGCGGAGACAAGGCAAGCAGCGCGAAAGAAGAUGGCAGUCCGACGUCGUGGUGCACAGCGUGGGUGGCAUAGAAUGUGCACACUGACGCUCCCGCUGCUGCUCCACUGAUCCUUCACCCACCUCUGGCUGCUCGCCUCCGACACGCCUUUGCUAUCCAACUCAUGCCACUUGCGCUUUGCAAAUCUUCAGCAAGAGGAGGAGUUCUUUACAGAAGGUACAGAGGAGCUCUUGAGCGCUCGGAGAAGGUUGGCGGGAUGGUCCUUGAUCUCGUGAGUCGCGCGUCCUUGGUUCAAACCAGUCUGUAUGCGAAGACAGAGUCUCCCACAAACGCAGCCUGGCUUGUUCGAGGACGACUGACUGAUUCUUCACGCUUUACGCUACCGCCUUCCGCUUUUCUCAUCUGCCUCCUCGGCUUCGCCGCUUGAAUGCUGCUUCAACAUCUCAGUGCCCGGACACGACACGCGCACGAGCUAGCUCAGAGCAAGAUUUCCCUGCAAAAGAUUGUAGCGAGGAGGAGGGAGAUCUAUGAUCCUUUGAAAGUGAGUAUGCUGGACAGGAGGGCAGGAGCGGCCGGUCGGAUGGCUGGUCACGUUUGGCCGCAGUGCAACAAAGCUUCUGUUGUGCAGAGGUAGGAAUGCAAAAGGACGCGAAGGCCAGAGGAGAUUUGCAGAUGGUCUGAAUGACGAGCGCAAAGGGCGCAGCGCGGACACCUGAGGCAAGAAGAGUAACGAGAGGAGGUGCGCAAUGACGCAUGCGGGUCCAAAGCAGCAAAAGGAAUAGGCUUCUCUAUCGCGCGCUGCCAUUUGAAACCGCGGAAUCAAUCUCUUUCUGAGCCACAAUGCUGAUGCGCACUUUGCUCGCUUUUGCUCGCCUUUGCUCGCCUUUCAAAUCAUAGCGCUAUCAGAAUCUCGGAUCCCAGCUGGGCGAUACGCGACCCAUUUCCAGCGUUCGCUUUUCUCCCGGCAAGACGUUUCAUCACGAGGGAGAAGAGAACAGGGCCAAUGGUCGAUUUUUGGCCACGGCUUCGUGGGGAGGCAGCGUCAAGCUGUGGACAUUGCCGGAUGCCAAGGUCUACGCAGAGCUGGGCGGUGAGUGCUCACUCUUUGCUCCAGUUGGUCUCGUGUCGCACUCACUGAUCAUCCCAUCGACUUGCGCUCUGCAAGGUCACCCCAAUGAGAGAGUCACGGGUCUCGCCUGGCAUCCUCUUGCCGGAUCAGGCUUCUCGAAUCCGCACGAUAGUGUGCAGCUGGCUAGUGCGGCCAGCGAUGGGCUCAUCAAGCUCUGGUCGGUGCCUAGACCGAAGAAGGAAGGCGAAAAGAGGUGCGUAAGGUCUAGCUGGGCAUGACAAAAGGUGUAUGCGUUGCACAGGUUCUGAUCCACUCGCUCGUCCAUCCCGACUCAUUUCCGCUACUUCCCUGCACUUUUGCUCUCGUGUUUAGCUCGACGGCUCCGCUGAGCACGCUCAAGGGCCACGACGCACGAGUAGCCCGCAUCUCCUUUCAUCCGACUGGCUCACACCUCGUAUCGGCGUCUUAUGACGGGACUUGGAGGCUAUGGGACGUGCAGAGUGGGAAAGAGUUGCUGGUACAGGAAGGACACUCGAAGGAGGUCUACUGUGUGGACUGGCACCCGGACGGUGGUCUCGUCGGAAGCGGGUGAGCAAUGUUGAGGUGCAGAUGAGCGAGGCUCGGUAGCUGACGCGCAUCUAUGCCAUGGUCAGCGGGCUGGACGCGCUGGGUCGAUUGUGGGAUGUGAGAUCAGGCAGAUCCGCCAUGGUGUUGGAUGGACAUGCUCGGGAAAUCCUCUCGCUCUCUUUCGCUCCCAACGGCUACCAAGUGGCCACCUCAUCUGGCGACGACACGGUACGUAUAUGGGACUUGCGACAACUACGAUGCAGGAACAUCCUCCCCGUCGGCAAGAGCAGCGUUUCGGAGGUCUGCUGGUACAAGUCCGACUUGGAGCGCAAGUCUCACUUUGGCCGAAUGAGAGAUUUAGCUGGUGCAAAGUCGGCCAGCGUCGAUUUGAACUCGAUGCAGGAAGAGGAUGGAGAGAUGAGAAUGGAUACGAGCGGUAGCUACCUCAUCACUGCUGGCUACGAUGGAUUGGUCAAGCUUUGGUCGGCGGAUGAUUUCCAACUGCUCAGGGUCCUCGACUCGGGCUCGGGCGUACCUGGGACGGCGGACAAGGUGAUGAGCGUCGAUGUGGAUCCUGAGGGCGAAAGCAUCGUCAGCGGACAUUAUGGCAAGACGUUUAAGGUGAGUACCUCGUGAGAAGGGGUCGACGGUGCGGUGCUGCAAUUGGAAAAAUCAUUCGUCUCAGUAAAGCUGAAGCGCUUAUUUGGCCCCUCUCGCCCUACUCUGCCGCUGCCAUUUAGAUCUGGGGAGUUCUUUGA